AUGAUCAUCGCAACCAGUAACUUACGAAGAGGAGGCGGCACGCUCAUUGCUGUAAAAAGUUCUAUCACAAGCACUCUCAUACAACUAGAAGAUAGUGGUCCGCUCGAACAAAUUGCUGUCAAACUUUCCCUCCCGACCAAAUCUGUUUUUUUCUGCGGAAUCUACUUGAGGCCCAAUAGCGAUCCCUCUAAUUACGCCGCCCAUUCUAACUGUGUGCAGCAAAUCAUCACAAAAGCAACCAGCGGUGAUUCAGUGAUUGUAGUUGGUGACUACAAUCUUCCCCACUUGACUUGGUCUUACGACAACGACGUAGAUUCAUUCGUACCAACGAACGCAUCCUCUGAGCAGGAGCUCAUUUUCACUGAAAACAUGAUUGCUAGCGGGCUGCAGCAAAUUUGUGACGUACCUAACAGCCACGGUAGGCUACUAGACUUGGCUUUUGUGAGCAAUAGCAGCGAAAUUGAGUUGAUCGGCAUGCCAUUCACAUUGCUACCCUGUGACCAGCACCACAAACCGUUCGUCCUACGCUUGCCAACGUCAUCAUCAUCGGAAAACCACUCCGUAAAUCCAGUGAACCAGAGUCUCGACAUUAACCGAUGCAAUUUUGACGCAGUUAUUUCCGAGCUCAGGUUGCAGGACUGGGAUGGGAUCUCUCACGAAGCUCAUACUGAUACUGCCGUUACUACCUUCUAUGACGUGCUGUUUAGUAUAAUAACCAGAAACACACCUAUCCGCACAACUCGCAUCCGACGCGUUUACAAUCACCCGUGGUGGAACGCCACACUCAGACACAAACGUAACGUUCUACGUAAAGCACGUCGCCGGUUCAUGCGCCAUCGUACCGCAGAAUACAGAGUUACCCUCCGCAUGCUGGAGACAGAUUAUGAUGAGUGCCUCCAUUCUGCUUAUCGGGAUUACAUUUUUCGAAUCGAAAGCGAGGCUAAGGCGGACCCGACAGUGAUGUCUUACGAGGGCACAACCACCAACGACACUGAUGCUUCAGUCGAACUUUUUGCUACCUUUUUCAAAUCAGUGUACAACCCCAUCCCUACACCUGUUUCCCCCGAGUUAUUGAACUCCUUGCCGUUGUACGAUGUACACCUGCCACGUCCGACAUUCACUACUGCCGAGGUUACCACCGCGCUGAAAUCUAUAGACCCGUCAAAGGGUCCUGGUCCGGACAAACUACCUCUUGCUUUCAUUCAACGAUGCGCGGAGGUUUACCGAGUCAUCAGCUCAUUGGUCGAUCGUGCCGCUUUACCGCAAGACAUCGACAAUAUAGUAUUCUGGUCUAACUUGAAUGGCAUGGAGAUGAACGCGACGAAGUGUAUAAUAAUUAGCUUCACCAGGACGCGGACGCAGCAGCACUACGAGUACAGAGUGAAUGGUUUCAACUUAGAACGUGUUUCCUCGAUACAGGACUUAGGAGUUACCUUCAACAGUAAGCUCUGUUUCAACGAGCAUAUCACAGCGACAACGUGUAAAGCUUUCGCCCUGUUAGGUUUCAUCCGUCGAAAUGCUCGCGACUUCAGCGAUGUAUAUGCUCUCAAAACACUCUAUUGCUCGAUUGUACGAAGCGUUCUUGAAUACGCUGUUCAAAUCUGGGCACCCCAUCAAGAAGCCCAAAUCAUUCGCAUAGAGAGGAUACAACGUGUAACGAAUCAAAUCACGACGUACAAUAUGAAUGAUCAUACCUCAAGCUUUCUCGAAACUUUUUUCGACUCAACUCCUCCGUCAAGUCCAUCAAACUCUGUGUUUUCAUUCGAUUCAUUCGAUUCGAAUCAAAUGGACACAAGUGAUCCUCUUGAAUCUUCCAGUAUUGAAUCCCUAAUUUCGUGUUCCACGGACACUGAUAUAAUUAGUGAAGAUGAUUCUAUGAACGACUCAUUGGUUAGUGGUACUAGCAUUACUAGUAUUUUUAGUGAUUGUGAUAAAGAAAUCAGUGAAACGGAUUCUGAUAUUGUUCCAAACUCAAAGCCCUGUUGCUGUGAUGGGAAUUUUAAAGUGCCUGUACUCUCAUUGGAGCCUUCACAAAACUUUUGUGUAACUAAUAGGUCUGAUGUUUCUCAACAAAUAAACAAUUUUAAUGAAUUGGGUACUAAUUUACUGAUAAAUAAAGAUUUAUCGGUCACUGAUAUGCCAAUCGACGGUGACGUAAAGUACUGGGAUAAAAUGUUAACAUGCAACAGAUUAAUGAGCUAUCCUGCAAUUGACACUAAAACACAAAAAGAACCGACUCAUUCUAGUUUACAUGACGUUAACCAGAAUAACAGUUCUGUUGCUAAGAUUAAACUUGAAGAAAAAGUCGUUUGUGACGAAAAUCAAAAUAGUACAGAAAUGAUAGCCGUUGCUUUCGAAACUCCCGCCAUUACAUUUAAGACCAAUUGCAUCAGUGAUCAAGAUCAAAGAAAUAAUCAGAAUCCCGCCGAAAAUAAUGCGGACAAUCGUUGUACGGUGAUAAAUGAUGUGACAACCAAUUGUUCUGAACAAGAACCUUACUUAAACAAUUUCGGUAUUAUUUUACCGACAGACUCAAAAGAUGUUCUCCAUAAACCGAUUACUCAUUGUGAUGCAGUUUACGACUCUGAAAUAUACACUCAAAAAAUUGUACAAAAUCAUUCUCGUUCAGUAAUCCCACGUCUGGAUUUUGAACAUUUGAAGAAGCAAGCACCUCUAUCAGAACGAUCCAAAGAACUAAUUUCAUCAAUAAUAGCAGUAUUGAAAAGACUUAAAAAGAUGGAGUUAAAAGGAGACAAACUUUUUCUGAGAGUAAAAUCAAAAGCAACCUGGGACGAUUGUUUUUUUGAAAACGAUAUUUUAACUCGAAAGCCCGAAGAAAAUACAAUGAAAACUAUCCGCUUCGAUAGUAAGCAGGGAAAGCAUCGAUUCAAGCUAGUGAUGUUCUUGUUAUCGGAAAUCUUCAAACUUCUAGCAACACAAUCUUCAUGCACGAAGCGUGAACUCUACUAUCGAGAUCCCAACCUGACCGGCAAUCAAACAAAGAUGGAGGAAGGUCUUCGAGAUGUUUGUUUUCUGUUGAAUGCUGAUCCUUGGGAACUGAACAUAUUUGCGUCUUCAAAAGGACUGGUGGCAGGGCCUCUACAAUUUCGUUCAAGAAAUGAUGAAACAGUUGACUGUUUUAAUUCCUUGGGAACUUUGAUUCCUGGCGACGUACAUGGAUCGAUGGAGAUUAGUGUUAAUGCCGAUAUGUUGCUUAUAGUGGAGAAGGAUACUGUUUUUCGACGGCUUUUAGACGAUGGUAUCCUGGUGCGGCUUUUGAAGAGAGUGGUGUUGAUUACGAGUAAAGGAUAUCCGGAUGUUGGAACUCGAUUACUGUUGAAGAAAAUCUGGAAUUUAUAUCAGAUGCCCAUGUAUGCGCUAGUGGACGCAGAUCCUUAUGGAAUUGAAAUCUACUGCGUUUACAAAUUUGGUUCGCUGGCACUUUCUCACCAAUCGCAUAGCUUGGCUGUUCCGACUAUUCAGUGGCUUGGGGUUCGACCAUCCCAUAUAACACUGUUGCAGCUAAAGAAGCUUCCUCUCACCGACCGUGACCGCGCAAGAACUACAGAGUUAUUGAAACGUCCCUAUAUUGGACAACCGGGAUGUGAGCUGGAAAGGGAGCUGAAGUUGUUACAGCAAGAAAAUGGAAAAGCCGAAAUCGAAAGCCUAGCUGACCUGUCAAUAGAUUAUUUAGUUAGCACAUAUCUACCUAAUCAACUUGCAAUGUUUACUCAAGGACACAAAGAUUGAGUAUCACGCCAAGAAAGUUUUUUUACGUUCUACAUAUGACAUACAGCUUAAUG